AUGGCUUUAUAUCAAGGAAUUGUGCAACUACUGUUUCUCCAGUACUGGCAUGUAGUGAUAGGAGGAGCGAUCCCACUGAACUUAGCAGGACAGAUCUGUACAAAAAUUACAGACUGCAAAAGUGACAACAGUCUUAUCAGGCACCAAAUCCAGAAACAAUUGCUGCUUCUGAACUCAUCUGCUGGGACCCUCUAUGACACCUAUGUCCACUGCCAAGGUUUUCAUCCAAAUUUGAAUAUAGUCUGCAAUAAAAGUUAUGGUGACUUUCCCAAGUAUAAUCUCAGUAAGGCAAGUGAGGAAGAGAAACUGGUUGAAAUGUUCAAAAUCUUCACAUAUAUGACUGCUGCACUGGGCAACAUCACAACACAACAGAAACAAUUAAACCCAAAACAGCAUCAUUUGCUAAAAAAUCUUACUAGAACUUUGAGCUCCAUUAAUGCGAUUAUCUCCAAUCUUUCUUGUGUCCUCUGCAAAAAGUACCAUGUAACUGAUGUGAAUGUUUACUAUGGAAAAUAUCCAUCCAGCAAUCCUUUUGAACAAAAGCAGAUGGGUUGCCAAGUCCUACGAAUUUAUAAACAUUUCAUUUCAGAAGCUGCUGACAGUUUUGCACCAUCGUUUGGCGAAUGGAUGGAUACAAUGGGACACUGA